UCUGAUCAAGUCGCCGAACAUCACAAGGGUGGAAUUAACGGAAAAUGUCUUUCGGUUAAAUAAAUUAAGGAUUAAUGACAUCUCUAAACAACUGACAUAGACAUGGUGUAAAAAAAGGCGGUACAGGGGCAGUGACAUGGCUGCUGAAGACAAGGCUUCCUCCUCGUCCUCUGCGAUGGACUGGAGUUCCGAGCCGCCACUCUCUCCCAGCAGUCCCUCCCAUCUAACACACUUCAAACCCCUGACCCCCGAGCAGGACGAGCCGCCCCUGCGCUCUGCCUACAGCUCCUUCGUCAGUCUGUUCCGCUUCAGCAAAGAAAAAACAGGUGCAAACAUUGCACCAGCAAAAAAGCUUGCUAAACUUGAGGAAGGACGGGCUCCUUCAGUGACCGAGAAAAGUCAGUCGGCUUCAUCAUCACCGCAGGGGCCACGCCGCAACUGGGCAAGUCCCUCCCAUUCUAUACAUGGCUCCGAACCCCACAGGAAACAUUCAGAACUUCUCAGAAGAACAUCCACUGCUUCAGUGGACUGGGAAGAGGGUCGACGGAAAUCCGAAGCUCCUCUGGGCAGCCACGAUCCCCGAACAGCUGUCCAGCUACGCACAGUCCUCAAGAGACUCAAGGAGAUCAUGGAAGGGAAAAGUCAGGACAGUGAUCUGAAACAGUACUGGAUGCCGGACAGCCAGUGUAAGGAGUGUUAUGACUGCAACGAGAAAUUCACAACCUUUCGACGCCGUCACCAUUGUCGACUCUGCGGUCAAAUCUUCUGCAGCCGAUGCUGCAACCAGGAAAUUCCUGGCAAGUUCAUGGGCUAUACGGGUGAUUUACGGGCUUGUACGUACUGUCGUAAAAUAGCAUUGAGCUACGCUCACUCAGCUGACUCAAGCUCCAUCGGAGAAGAUCUCAGCGCCCUGUCAGACUCGCCCUGCUCUGUGUGUGUUCUGGAGCCCACCGAACCACGCACACCUGUGGGGGGCCGCAAAGCCAGCCGGAACAUCUUCCUGGAAGAGGACCUGGCCUGGCAAAGUUUAUCUCUUUCACUUGAGGAUUGUUGGAGGAUUGGCCCUUAUAAGAGCACAGAGUUCUCAGAAACUCCUUCUCCAGACAGUGAGAGUGUGAAUUCCUUGGAGGGACACUCCGAACCUUCAUGGUUUAAAGACAUCAAGUUUGACGACAGUGACACUGAGCAGCUAGCUGAUGACAAUGACUAUGUCACACCGAAUUCGGCCAGCCCCAGCAAAAGAACAUCUGUCAGCAGUUUCCACUCUGCAGUGGACAGUGACUCAGCCGCCUCCAUCAACAUAAACAUGGAGCAGGACAAUGUCAAUUUCCACAUCAAGAAGCAGGCCAAGUACCCACAUGUGCCUCCUUACCCAGCCGAGCAAAAAACGGAAGUCCUGCUCUCUGAAGAUGGAGGUCAGCAUAUAUCCAUCAGUGAUGCCUUCAUUAAAGAGUCUCUGUUUAACCGGAGAGUUGAGGAGAAAGCAAAAGAGAUGCUCUUCACACCUCUCGGCUGGCAUCACAGCUCUCUGGACCAGCUGCGGGAAGAGAAUGGGGAAAAGAAAGCGAUGGAGCGUUUACUGUCUGCUAAUCACAGCCACAUGAUGGCACUGCUGCAGCAGCUGCUGUACAGCGAAUCACUGUCUCUCUCCUGGCGUGACAUCAUUGUGCCUGUGGUGAGGCAGGUUGUGCAGACGGUGCGACCGGAUGUGCGCAACUGCGAUGACGACAUGGAUAUCCGUCAGUUUGUCCACAUCAAGAAGAUUCCAGGUGGAAAGAAGUUUGACUCUGCUGUAGUGAACGGCUUUGUUUGCACAAAGAAUAUUGCACACAAAAAGAUGAAUCCUUACAUCAAAAACCCCAAGAUCCUUCUCCUCAAAUGCUCCAUUGAGUAUCUAUACAGAGAAGAGACAAAGUUCACUUGCAUUGACCCAAUUGUGUUACAGGAGCAUGAGUUUCUGAAGAACUAUGUUCAGAGGAUUGCUGACGUCCGACCAAACCUGGUACUGGUGGAGAAGACAGUGUCCCGUAUCGCUCAGGACAUGCUACUGGAACACGGCAUUAGCCUUGUGAUUAAUGUCAAACCUCAAGUCCUGGACCGUGUGAGUCGAAUGACUCAGGGAGAUUUAGUCAUUUCAAUGGAUCAGCUUCUUACAAAACCUCGUCUGGGUACCUGCCACAAGUUUUACCUACAUUCCUUCCAGCUGCCAAAUAAUGAAAUGAAGUCCCUGAUGUUUUUUGAUGGGUGUCCUCCUCAGCUGGGCUGCACUAUCAAGCUCCGUGGUGCUUCAGAGUAUGAGCUGGCACGGGUGAAAGAGAUCAUCAUUUUUAUGGUGUGUGUAGCGUACCACUCACAGCUGGAGAUCUCUUUCCUCAUGGAUGAGUUUGCUAUGCCUCCUAGUCUGGCUGAGAGUUCCUCUUUCCCAUGUCUCCUGGAAAGCACCACUUUGGAGGAAGAGGAAGAUAAUGAUGGUUCUACACUGAGGGAUGACAACCUCACGCUUCUUCCAGAAGGAGACUUUGAGCCAGGGAUUCAGGAGAUUAUCAAUGCCCACAGUAGACAGCCUUCCAUCUCAAAAUCUUCUCAUAAAGAUGGAGAAAGCCCCAGAAUAAAUACAAAUGGUUCAGUUGCUUCCUUCUCUGGAGGAGAGGAAGAGAUUAUAAAGACCUCCACCCCCCUUUCAUCCUUCACUUCCAGCCUUCCCCAGCCGGUGUCACCACCUUUCCUUAUUUCAGACCUAAAAGAGACGUCACAGGAAGUAAUUAAAGCGCUAGGUGAGGAGGAGAAGAACAAAGAGCUGGAGGAGACUCUGGUCCAUCGGGACAGCACCAGCUCUGAGACCUCCCUUCCACCUACCCGGCUCUUUAGGGAUCCCUUACAGGAUGACACAGGCCUGUUUGUGACCGAACAUGUAGCUUCUUCAGAUGACCGCCUCAAAUCCAUCUCAGCUUUGUUUAAACAGGACCUAAAAGACAUUAUCCUCUGCAUUUCACCCUUUAUUACCUUUCGGGAGCCAUACCUGCUCACGGCUGCGGGACUGUGUUGUCCUAGCCGGGACUAUUUCCCAGAACAGGUUUACCUCUCACCUCUCUUGAAUAAGGACUUAAAAGAGCUGGACGGACGCCGCAAGAGGCAGCUGCUGAAAGAGUCUGGCCCGAGUUCUGGCAGCCUGACCAACGGUACUGUGUCGCACCAACGGACCAUCCAGAUUUUGCCCUGUCACAAACUGACAGGUGCCCGUAUAAUAGAGCUGCUAGGCAGCAGUCAGGAGCUGGCACGCAUGCUGGCUGACUAUCGUGCCCAGGGGGGGCGCAUUCGGCAAAGAGAAGGAAUGCAAUUUCGUGAAACCCCACGCACCAAGGCGCCAAUAAAGUCAGACAGUGAAGAAGAUAAAGUGGCAGGACUCAACGAAAUGACCUGGGCUAAUAAGCUGGACUGUUUAAAUCCAGUCAACCAUCAGAGGCUCUGUGUGCUGUUCAGUAGCUCUUCAGCACAGUCUAAUAAUGCCCCAAACCCCUGUGUCAGUCCAUGGAUUGUAACAAUGGAGUUUUAUGGAAAGAAUGACUUGACUCUUGGCGUAUUUCUGGAGAGAUAUUGUUUUAGACCCUCUUACCAGUGCCCCAGCAUGUACUGUGAGACCCCCAUGGUUCACCACAUCCGGCGCUUUGUGCAUGGUAAUGGCUGUGUCCAGAUUGUUCUGAAAGAGCUGGACUCGCCUGUACCCGGAUAUCAGCACACAAUCCUCAACUACUCUUGGUGCCGUAUCUGUAAACAGGUGACUCCUGUUGUCCCUUUGUCUAAUGACUCCUGGUCCAUGUCAUUCGCCAAGUAUCUAGAGCUCCGAUUCUAUGGUCACCAGUACACCCGCCGGGCCAACGCAGAGCCUUGUGGCCACUCCAUCCAUAAAGAUUAUCACCAGUACUUCUCCUACAACCAGAUGGUGGCUUCAUUCAGCUACAUCACAGUGAGGCUACUCGAGAUCUGUCUGCCUCCUCCAAAAAUCAUCAUCAGGAGCCAGGGUCCCUCUAAAGCCAACUUGCAGCAGGACCUCAAAGACUUCUCCCAGAAGAUGGCUCAGGUGUACCUGGCCAUAGAUGACCGUCUCACCUCUUUAAAAACGGACACCUUCAGCAAGACUAGAGAAGAAAAAAUGGAGGACAUGUUUGCACAGAAAGAUAUGGAGGAAUCAGAGCUUCGCAGCUGGAUAGAGAAGCUACAAGUGCGUCUGCAGACCAGCACGAUGGACUCGCCACAACAACUACAGGCUGUGCUGGAGUCAGUGGUGGUCAAAAAGCAGGGUUUGUGUGAGACCCUGCAGUCCUGGAACAACAGACUUCAGGACUUGUUUCAGCAAGAAAAAGGCAGGAAACGCUUAUCUGUUCCUCCCAGCCCUGGCAGACACAGACAAGCCGCAUCAGAUGAGAGCAAGACGAGUGCUUUGGAGUCCUCUCCUCGUAACCCAUCCUCUGUGGUCCCAAAUGGAGAGAAAGAGGACCGUCAUCUCAACACUUUUCCGUCAAGUUCAGGGUCUUCCUCAUUUCUUCAGUUACCAUCUCCGGCUGAACAAGCUUCAGACGUCAUCACGAGCGGACCAUCUUUUCCUGAUCAGGACUCUGUCAGCAUCCCAGAUGACAUGUUUGAUGGACACUUACUUGGUUCCAAUGACAGUCAAGUAAAGGAAAAGUCCACCAUGAAAACCAUCCUUGCCAACCUGUUACCCGGCAAUAGCUACAAUCCCAUCCCUUUCCCUUUUGACCCAGACAAGCACUAUUUGAUGUAUGAGCACGAGAGAGUUCCUAUAGCCGUGUGUGAGAGAGAGCCCAGCUCCAUCAUUGCCUUUGCACUCAGCUGUAAAGAGUAUAAAACUGCCCUUGAAGAGCUUACAAAGACAACAGCAAAGACGGGAGGUGAUGACAUAUCUCAGGCCAUUAGUUUUGGAGAGAGCAGAGCAAAGAACAGCCCAGCCAAACUUGUUGACAUCAGCACAUCACAGCUGAGCCGCAGCAGCAUUGAUGCUGACCCUUUCAAGGAGCCUGAAAGUGGAGACAAACAGAAGAAGCAGACAGGAAACCCACACAUCGAGCUUCAGUUCUCAGACGCAAAUGCCAAGUUCUACUGCCGAAUCUACUACGCGGUAGAGUUCCAUAAAAUGCGGGAAGCGAUUAUGGAGAGCUCGGAGGAUGAUUUUGUGCGAUCGCUCUCCCACUGUGUCAACUGGCAAGCCCGUGGCGGGAAGUCCGGUGCUGUUUUCUAUGCCACUGAAGAUGAUCGGUUUAUUCUAAAACAGAUGCCGAGAUUAGAGGUCCAGUCCUUCUUAGACUUUGCACCCCACUACUUUACUCACAUCACAGGAGCAGUUCAGCAAAAACGCCCCACAGCACUUGCUAAGAUUCUGGGAGUGUACCGUAUCGGCUACAAGAACUCCCAGAACAACACCGAAAAGAAACUGGACCUGUUGGUGAUGGAAAACCUCUUCUUUGGGCGAAAGAUGGCACAGGUGUUUGACCUAAAGGGGUCCCUGAGAAACAGGAAUGUGAAGACAGAUCAUGGAAAAGAGAGCUGUGAGGUGGUGCUCCUGGAUGAGAACCUCCUGAAACUGGUGCAUGACAAUCCCCUUUAUAUUCGCUCACACUGCAAGGCCAUUCUGCGUGCCGCCAUCCUCAGUGACGCCCACUUCCUGUCCAGCCACCUCAUCAUUGAUUAUUCCCUGCUGGUGGGCCGUGACGAUGCCACGGAUGAACUAGUUGUGGGCAUCAUAGAUUAUAUCCGGACUUUCACAUGGGAUAAAAAGCUGGAGAUGGUGGUCAAAUCUACUGGCAUUCUUGGAGGUCAAGGUAAAAUGCCCACGGUGGUGUCACCAGAGCUGUAUCGAUCACGUUUCUGUGAGGCCAUGGACAAAUAUUUCCUUAUGGUCCCUGAUCACUGGACAGGUCUUGGUCUCAACUGCUGAUGGACAACAAGGGAACAUUACAGCUUGAAAGGGAUAUGCUGCUCUCUCAUGUACUUCGCAGUGAUUUAAUGGAAGACCCACUGAAGUGCACCUUCCAUUAUCUGCAGUGCUGUCUGAAGCUGGGUGAAACUGAACCCCUCUCUUUCUAUGAUUUGUGCACAAACUGACCAAGACCCAGUUCCAGAAGAUCCACAGAGCAGACCGAACUGAAAUGGCUGAACUUUUAGAACCCUGUUAUGCAGUAGUGUUUGUUUAUAACCUGUUAACUGUGGAUGAUGUAAACGUUUAUAAAUGUACAGAGAUAUGUAAUUAAAGAUUAUUAAU